AUGGCGCUCGGGGGUUGGGCGUGGCUUGGCGCUUGGUUGGUACGAAGUCCGACGGGUAGAAGUAAGCAAGCAAGCGCGUGGACGGCGUCAGGCUUGGAGGGGCGCAGCUUGGCGCUUGGUUGUCACGGACUCUGGAAUAAUACCCAACACCCGGCGGCUUGGCAGCCGGUUGUCCCGAAAUCCCGCGGGCUGAUGGGGAGCUGCGUACCGGAAAUCAGACGGCAGAACUCGGCUAUCCUGAUCAGGCAUUGGCGCGCGAGACGAGUUGUGUGCGCACAGUACAAGGCGCAUCAUGGCGCUGAUCAACCCGGCCGAUGUAGACACUUACACCUACACCUUCUCAUGAGCCGAGGGCAGAGACCAGUAUCAGAACGACCUUACCAAUUUGUAACAGCAGUACGAAUCCAGCCAACACCACAGUACGGCUUGGGGAGAAGCUUACGAAGGGAUCAUCAACCACCCCAGAGGCUACGCAUCGCACUGUCAAAUCUGCUCGGCGCGUACAACGCCCCAUUCGAUGAAUACACUUCGGGCCAGAUGGCAGCGGCGUGUGAAAAGGUGCAGGCUCAUAUGCUCGUUAUUACCAGCGAGGAAACUUUCGCGGCAGCGAUUGAACAACUUGCGCCCAAUGGCCGAUUGCUCUCGUUUCAAGAACGCAAGGCAAGAGAAGAGAUGGCAGCAGCGGGCGGGGAGGAACAUGUUCAUAUGUUGGCCGAUCGAGAAUCCUGUCGCGGCACGAUUGGACAACUGCAUCCUCUCAUGGCGGCGGCGCGUGAAGAGGUGGGGGUUCAUAUGCUCGCCAAUGCCGAAUUCUCGCGCCAGAAUCAUCGGCACGUGUCACUGUUCAACAAGCCUCCGCCACACACGAGCGCUUUGGCAGCGAAGCAGCGAGACCACCUCGAUCAUCACUUUGCGCUAGAACACCUGCAGCACCGGCAAAUCAUCAGCCAGCAAGCAUCAUCACCAGCCGGCAAGCAUCACCAGCCGGCAAGCAUCACCAGCCGGCAAGCAUCACCAGCCGGCAAGCAUCACCAGCCGGCAAGCAUCACCAGCCGGCAAGCAUCAUCAGCCAGCAAGCAUCAUCAGCCAGCAAGCAUCAUCAGCCAGCAAGCAUCAUCAGCCAGCAAACAUGACCAGGAGGUCUCAGUCGCACGCUUCUCGAUCCCAUCGAAACCGAAAGCCACGGAGCUCAGUUCCGAUGUUGAGUUGAUGGGCGACAUUUGUCAAAAUCCUGUUGGUAAGCUUUCCCAUCACCAUGCACGGAGCUCCGACGCCGAUGAAAAUCGUGUGGAUUGGCUUGCCCAUCACGAUGCAUGGAGCGUGAAUGAGUUGUUGGCCAACUUUUCCGACCGACUUCCUCGCCGAAUCGCGUGUACAUCGCGAGGAGCGGUGACAAUCAUGCAUGAAUCCACGCGCAUUAUGACACGACGUCAGAGGGAAUCCUUCUCUCGAGUAAUGGUGGAAUGUGCAUACAGCGACAUGGACAUUAUGUAUCUACGCCAGAUAUAUCGAAGUGCGCUACGCGUCACUGCAAAAGGGACGAGUAAAAAGCUGCCCGUAGCUCCAAGAUCAGCCAUUCUCACUAUUGGCCCACAGGCUGUAGGGAAUGGUGUUCGGUUUCACCGUUCGUGGGUUGUGACGAUCUUAGUUGGUUUUUAUAAUCUGAGCGAUAAAUCAAGCACCAAACCUCGAAAUCCAUUGCAACAUAUCUUUCCCGCGAAGUUUUCCGACAACUAUGCUUCAGACCCUAUUGUGAUUGUACUCGGUUCUACCGGUUCUGCAUUCAUUCCUCGCGAAUCUCCACUGCCAAGUACUAAGGCCUAA